CUCCAGGGCGCAGCUUCCUCCUAGAGGCCUUGAAGAACGGCAACGCCUGCCUGAAGUCUGUGGAGAGCACUGAAACCUGGAUCCAUGGCAGAGACUAAGGCAUUGGUGAAAGGAAGUCCUCCCCCGGAGCCGGUCCCCGAAGACUUGAUCCGCAUCUACAGCAUGAGGUUCUGCCCCUACGCGCACCGGACGCGCCUGGUCCUCCGGGCCAAAAACAUCAGACACGAAAUUGUCAACAUUAACCUGAGAAACAAGCCUGAUUGGUACUAUCUGAAGCACCCCUUUGGCCAAGUCCCUGUCCUGGAAAACAGCAGAUGUCAGCUGAUCUACGAAUCUGUGAUUGCUUGUGAGUACCUGGAUGAUGCAUUUCCAGGGAGGAAGCUGUACCCAUAUGACCCUUAUGAGCGAGCUCGCCAAAAGAUGUUAUUGGAGCUCUUCGAUAAGGUCCCAUCUUUGACCAAGGAGUGUCUGGUAGCACUGAGAUUCGGGAGAGAAUGCACGGAUCUGAAACUAGCACUGCGCCAGGAGUUCUGCAACCUGGAAGAGAUUCUUGGCUAUCAGAACACCGUCUUCUUUGGUGGAAACUGUACUUCCAUGAUCGAUUACCUAAUUUGGCCCUGGUUUGAGCGGCUGGAUGCAUAUGGAAUAGCAGACUGUGUGGACCACACUCCAGCACUUCAGCUCUGGAUCCAGGCCAUGAGGCAAGACCCCACAGUGUGUGCACUCUUCAUGGAGAAGAACGUUUUCCUGGGCUUCUUGAAUCUCUAUUUUCAGAACCACCCUGAUGCCUUUGACUAUGGGCUGUGCUGA